AUGCGGUCCCAUGGAGCAAUGAAAGAUGAGGAGGCGAUCGAUGCAGCGAAGGAGGCGACGCGGGGAGCUGUCUACGGCGCCAUCAAAUGGGGUGCUCUCACGGGAAUUCUCGGCGGGGUCGGAUAUCUCACCUCGCCGCUGUACCGAGGCUUGACGAUUCAAUUCAAAGUCUAUAUUCAAAUGUCAGGCAUGGCAUUUGGGUCCAUGGUAGAGGCAGACCACAGGAUACGGCAGUAUGAGGCCCAUGUGAGGAUGCAGCGGCGGAUAGCAAGGGACAGAGCCAUGUGGCAGAGGUUUGAGGACGAAUACGGAAAGGACGACGACGAGUGA